AUCAAUAAUAAUACUACUUCCAUUUUAUUUUAUUUUCCUUUCUGAAAAAAAAAGAGGGGAAGAAGAAGAUCGAUCAGAUAAUCGGUCAUCAAGAGAGAUGAACGGCGGGGAUGAAUGGAGGUUUAUGAUCGUACGGCCAGAAAUGGCAGGAAUUAGUGAUUUAUGGAGGUUUUGGAGAAAUGGAGAUAUAAAAAGUGGGUCUAAAUUCAUUAAAAGUGAUAUUAUUUGUGAUGAUGAAGAGGAUGAUUGUGCAACAUUAUAUUUAGAAGACUGGAGUUCGUUGUUUGAUGGGGAAGAUAAAAGAUGGGUGAUUGUAGUUUCAGUUUUAGUAAUGAAGUUGAUUAAGUUAUUUGGUAAACCUUUGGAAAUUUUUGGUUAUUUUGUGGAUUACUUUCUUAAUCUCCUCUCUCUUAAUGGUAAUAGUCUCCUUCGCCUCGCCUACAACUUUCUCCAAGGAAAAGUGGUGAUUCCAAAAAGAGGAACAUCAACAUUUAUAAGCUCAAUUGGACACUUGGACGGGCGUAUUGACUUAAAGUAUAAGGCUGAUGAUUUUAUAAGAGAGUCGAGUAAUAAUUAUGGCAUAACGAUGGAAAACAACAGGUUUCUUAUGGACCUUUGUAUUAUGGCUUCUAAGUUAGCUUAUGAAAAUGCUGCUGUGGUCGAAGAGGUUGUGCUCAACUAUUGGAAGAUGCAUUUCGUGGGCUUUUACAAUGGCUGGAAUGAUUACCAACAGGAGAUGUCCACCCAAGUGUUCAUCCUCUGUGACAAACCAAUAGAUGCUAGCUUCAUACUAAUCAGCUUCAGAGGCACCGAACCAUACGACGCCAAUGAUUGGAGUACAGAUUUCGACUACUCUUUGUACAAGAUUCCGAAAGGAAAAAUUCACAUGGGAUUCUUAGAAGCCUUAGGUCUAGGGAACCGAGAAUAUACCCCUACUUUCAGGCAUAAUCUCCUAAACAAGAACAUCAAAGUUUUUUCUGCACCAAACAUGGGAGACUUAACAGCCUACGUUACUGUUAAAACGAAGGUGAAUGAGUUAUUGAAAAAUCAUAGGAACGCGAAGUUUGUUGUGACAGGUCACAGCCUAGGUGGCGCUCUUGCGAUAUUAUUCCCAACCGUGUUGAUCUUACACGAGGAGAGCGAAAUGAUGGAGAGGUUGUUGGGUGUGUACACUUUUGGACAACCGAGAAUUGGUGAUCGUAAAAUAGGGACGUUCGUGGAAGAGGAACUUAAUAAGGGUGAGCUAAUUAGGUACUUGAGAGUUGUUUACUGCAAUGAUGUCGUUCCUCGACUACCUUAUGAUGAUAAAACUUUCUUGUAUAAGCAUUUUGGUGUUUGCCUCUACUACAACAGCUUUUACGCUGAGCAGAAAGUGGAAGAAGAGCCGAACAGAAACUUUAACGGGAUGAGGUACCUUAUUCCAGCACACGUGAACGCUACAUGGGAGUUGAUAAGGGCUUUUAUAAUGCGUUAUAUGUAUGGCACAGACUAUGUAGAGGACUGGUAUUCGAUUUUUGUGAGGAUAGUAGGACUACUUCUACCAGGUAUUUCAGCUCAUAGCCCGCUAGAUUAUGUCAAUUCGGUGAGGCUAGGAAGAUCACACACAAUUCAAAUGUCCUCGCUCGAUUAAUUAGCCUUUCAAUUAGGGUUAGGGCCGGGUAGUAGUAGUAUAUAGAUCGAUUUUGUAUGUCUAUGGUACCUUAAGUUGGUUUAAUUAGGAGUACUUUAAAUUAUUGCAUGGACCAUCUAAUUUUUGUUUUCAAAUCACCAUGGACUUCGGACUUCCCCUUUGUUAAUUAAACUAGAUGUAUUACUGUAUGAUUGUAUCUGUUGAAUUUCAGAAGAAUAUAUAAUUCCCAUCUCUCUUUUUGUA